AUGGCUCAGUUUACUACUGAACAGUUUGAGCAGGUUAUGCAAGCUGUCGGCCAUUACAAUGUACGUAGUGGUUCGUUGAGCAACUGUACUGCUCGUUAUGCAGGUGAACGCGAUUCCACAAAAGUUGAGGAGUUCAUUGCUGUUGUAGGGACGUUUAAAGCUGUCGAGAAAAUAAGUGACGCGGAUGCUAUUACUGGCAAGCCCAUGAUUUUAGAGGGUGACGCAGCAGAAUGGUGGCGCGGUGUACAGCCAAAGCCCAAAGUUUUUGAGGAUAUUGUGCGUAUGUUGCGUGAAGCUUUUUGUCCCCCUUAG